AUGUCUUUAUCUUCCAAGUUAACCGUCAAGGAUUUACAAUUAGAAGGCAAGCGUGUCUUCAUCAGAGUCGACUUCAACGUUCCAUUGGAUGGUGAAACCAUUACCUCCAACCAAAGAAUCGUUGCUGCUUUACCAACCAUUCAAUACGUUUUGGAACACAAACCACAAUACAUUGUCUUGGCUUCCCAUUUAGGUAGACCAAACGGUGAAAGAGUUGCCAAAUACUCUUUGAAGCCAGUUGCCAAGGAAUUAGAAAAAUUAUUGGGUCAAAAGGUCACUUUCUUAAACGACUGUGUCGGUGCUGAAGUUGAAGCUGCUACUAAGGCUGCUGCUCCAGGUUCUGUUAUCUUAUUGGAAAACUUGAGAUACCAUAUCGAAGAAGAAGGUUCUCAAAAGGUUGACGGUAAGAAGGUCAAGGCCUCUCCAGAAGCCGUUACCAAAUUCAGAAAGGAAUUAUGUUCUUUAGCUGAUGUCUACGUUAACGAUGCUUUCGGUACCGCUCACAGAGCUCACUCUUCCAUUGUCGGUUUCGACUUACCACAAAGAGCUGCUGGUUUCUUAUUAGCUAAGGAAUUGCAAUACUUCGGUAAGGCUUUGGAAAACCCAACCAGACCAUUCUUAGCCAUCUUAGGUGGUGCCAAGGUCGCUGAUAAGAUUCAAUUGAUUGACAACUUAUUGGACAAGGUUGACUCUAUCAUCAUUGGUGGUGGUAUGGCUUUCACUUUCAAGAAGGUUAUUGAAAACGCCGAAAUUGGUGACUCCAUCUUCGACAAGGCCGGUGCUGAAAUCGUUCCUAAAUUAAUGGAAAAGGCCAAGGCUAAGGGUGUCAAGGUCGUCUUACCAGUCGAUUUCGUCAUUGCUGAUGACUUCUCUGCCACUGCUAACACCAAGACUGUCACUGACAAGGAAGGUAUCCCAGCUGGCUGGCAAGGUUUAGACAACGGUCCAGCUUCUAGAAAAUUAUUUGCUGCCGCUGUCGCUGAAGCUAAGACUAUUGUCUGGAACGGUCCACCAGGUGUUUUCGAAUUCGAAAAGUUCUCUGCCGGUACCAAGGCUUUGUUAGACGAAGUCGUCGAAUCCUGUUCCAAAGGUAACACUGUCAUCAUUGGUGGUGGUGAUACCGCUACUGUUGCUAAGAAGUUCGGUGUCACUGACAAGAUCUCUCACGUCUCUACUGGUGGUGGUGCUUCCUUAGAAUUAUUGGAAGGUAAGGAAUUACCAGGUGUUGCUUUCUUAUCCGAAAAGAAAUAA